AUGUCGGGAUACCAAGGCAGCGCAACAGGGGCUCGAAAGGCGUCCCCAUACAUGUCCACCGCUGAUGAUGAACAAACUGGGAUUACUAGCGGGGUUUAUGAAGAAGACGGAAGGUCUGAUGCGGAAUCAGAGUCUGACUCUAGCAGUUUGGACGAUACUGAUGCUAAAGAGGUCGUCGCCAAGGAACUCGCCAAAUUGGAUUUAAACACGAGUGAAGGACACAGUGUCGCGGAAUCGGAGGCAAUACUAAUACACACUGCCACUCUGCAUGAGUUUCGUCUUUCCGAUCGCGCAGUCAGCCCCAAGUCAAACCGGGGUGGGUUUUCACAGAAUCUUUCCAAUUCGUUAGUGGUUUUAAAGUUCGAGUCUCUCAUUAUAUGGGUGAAGCGACUGUGUGGAGUCAGCAUUACAUCUGAAAUAUUAAUCUUGGAAACUGUCAAAGCCCUUCGGUUGCCACAGGUGGAGCUUGGAGUUCAAUUCAGUCUGAAGCUAUCGCAAGCAGCUGUGAGAUUUCCUCUUCUAGAAGAUGCUAAAAAUGGAGUUCUGGAUAUCGGAUUGUCUCCUACCGAAUUCCAGCUCAGCCAUGCUGCUCCUUUCUUUGAUCGGAAUAUGUAUUCUGCCCGCGAACCCCUUGUCCAUGAUUUUGAGCCUGACAAGUGGCAGCGGGAGGUUCUUGACGAGAUUGAUGCGAACAGAAGCUUAUUUUACGCGAUGAAAAAAAUUCUUGGAGAAGACUACAACAGUGUAUUGGUGUCGCUGCCGAAAUCCAAGCUCGAUUUUCGAAGUCCUUCAAGCACGGUGGAAUCUCUGUAUGAGCCAUCCAUACCCGCGAUUACCGCAUCAACAACCCUACCGGCUGUCAAAUUCUAG